AUGACUGACCCGACUAUAGUGCUGUUCAUCCACCACUGGGGCCUUGCCCAGUACCUGUUGAGGUUGGGCAUCCCUUUCUGCACCGUCUGUCCACAGGCCUUGGUGCCAGCUUCCGAUGAGCCAGCAUCAGAUGAAGACCCAUGGCUGCCGCCAUGGAGGGAUCUUUUGAUGCAGAGACAGCCCUGGUCACUGCCUACCCGCAAGGACUACAAGGACUACAAGGACCACCGCAAGAGCCUGUUCUGCUCCAAGCUGGGGCCCAAGAUGCACAGACGUGGUGGUAUCAUCAGGAGAAUGGCCUCGGACGUUGUCCUGGAGUUCCACACACUCCGAGGUCCAAUGGCCACUCUCAACACCGUGUGCGGCCUCUACAACAUUGGAAACGAGUACUUGGUGUUGUGGUGGCCGACCCAGCCAGAGUGGAGAUGGGAGGCCCUCGACGCAGACCAUUGGAUGCCAGACAUGGAGGAGUGGUACCAGAGGCGGUUAGCGGCACUCGAGAGUGGGUGA